UUUUUUUAAUUGAGAGGUGAAAGAAAUAAAUAAAAAAGAAAUAAAACGGAAAAAGACGAGAGAGAGAACGAGGAGGAGAAGAAGAAAGAUGGAGAUGGUGGUGGGUUUAUUAUUUAUUUUAGUCUUGUAAUCUUCUCCGUCUUUUAUCUGACUCUCUCUAUCAUCUUCACCUUAAGAGAAGAAAGUGACACGGAGGAGACGAAGAAUUUAAAAUAAAAGAAACAUAAUUGGAGGAAAAAAAGUUUGAUUUGUUUAUCAAUAAAUUGGGUAGUUUAAAGGAAGUGAAGAGCGGUUUUGGUGGUGGUGGUCGAGAAAAGAGAGAGCUUUUUCUCUGCGAUCAGAUUUCUCAGAGUGACAUCAAACGAGCGGGAAAGAUUUUUGCUUUUGCCAUGGGAGAGGAUGAGCUGUCUCACAUCAAAUUCUCUCCUCUGCUCGAAUCAUCAGCCUGCAAUGAUCUCUCCGGAUUCAAGUCUCUGGUUGAAGAAGAGGGUCUCGAGAGCAUUGAUCGGACUGGUUUGUGGUACGGGAGGAGAAUAGGAUCAAAGAAGAUGGGAUUUGAGGAGAGGACGCCUCUUAUGGUUGCUGCCUUGUUUGGAAGCAAAGAGAUCGUCGAAUACAUCAUCAGUACUGGUCUUGUAGAUGUGAACCGCUCUUGUGGCUCUGAUGGUGCCACAGCGCUUCACUGCGCGGUCUCUGGCUUGUCUGCGAAUAGCCUCGACAUCGUUAACCUUCUGCUGAACGGGUCUGCUGAUCCGGAUCCUUGUGAUGCUUAUGGUAACAAGCCUGUAGAUAUGAUUUUCCCCUGUUUGAGUCCGGUUUUUAGCGCGAGGAAGAAGGUCUUGGAGCGUUUGUUGAAAGGAAGUAAUGGUUUGAAUGAAGCGGAAGGGCCAGACGAAGAAGCAGAACAAGAAGAACAGAGAGAGGUUGAGGUUGAGGUUUCGGUUUCUGUUUCGCCUCCUCGAGGGACAGAGAGGAAGGAGUAUCCUGUUGAUCCAACGCUUCCUGAUAUCAAGAACGGUAUCUACGGGACAGAUGAGUUCCGUAUGUACGCCUUCAAGAUCAAGCCGUGCUCUAGAGCAUACUCGCACGAUUGGACCGAGUGCCCGUUUGUUCAUCCGGGUGAGAACGCGAGGAGGCGUGAUCCGAGAAAGUAUCAUUACAGCUGCGUCCCCUGUCCUGAAUUCCGUAAAGGGUCUUGCCCCAGAGGCGAUUCUUGCGAGUAUGCUCACGGUAUCUUUGAGUGCUGGCUUCACCCUGCUCAGUACCGGACUCGUCUCUGCAAGGACGAGACGAACUGCUCGAGAAGAGUUUGCUUCUUUGCACACAAACCCGAGGAGCUGCGUCCGUUGUACCCUUCAACCGGAUCGGGUGUUCCUUCCCCGCGGUCUUCCUUCUCAUCUUGCAACUCCUCUGCUUUCGACAUGGGACCCAUCAGCCCACUUCCUCCUCUGAGUCCUAACGGCGUAUCAACCACACCUCCUUUGAGUCCCAACAACGGUGGGAAAACGUGGAUGAACUGGCCUAACAUUACCCCUCCUGCACUGCAGCUUCCAGGGAGCAGGCUGAAAUCCGCGUUGCACGCAAGAGAAAUCGAUUUCUCUGAAGACAUUCAAAGUCUUUCUACUCCAACGUCUAGAUGGAACAACACAGCCGCUUCACCUCCGUUCUCUGGAAACGGCAUGAACAGGCUUGCGGGAGGAGGAAUGAGCCCGGUUAAUAGCCUUUGCGAUAUGUUCGGGACAGAACGCAGCGUUAUUAACCAGCAGAUGCAUUCCAACAGCCUCUCUUCGUCGCCUGUGGGAGCCAAUUCUCCCUUCUCGUUGGAUUCGUCCACGGUCUUGGCUUCAAGAGCAGCUGCGUUUGCUACACAACGAAGCCAGAGCUUCAUAGAACGCAGCAACGGGCUGAAUCACCAUCCGGCAAUCUCGUCCAUGUCUACAACUUGUCUAAACGAUUGGGGCUCAUUGGACGGGAAACUUGACUGGAGCGUCCAUGGAGACGAGCUACAGAAGCUCAGGAAAUCCACUUCUUUCCGUCUCAGAGCCGGCGGCAUGGAAUCAAGAUUUCCCACGGAGGGGACCGGGCUCGAGGAACCAGACGUCUCUUGGGUUGAGCCGCUGGUGAAAGAGCCUCAGGAGACAAGACUGGCUCCGGUUUGGAUGGAGCAAUCGUACAUGGAGACAGAACAGACGGUGGCUUGAAUCGAAGUUUUGAACUUUAUUAACCUUUUCAACAAGAUGCAGAGAAAGAGACAGAGAAAUUCCUAGUUCGUUGCUAAUCUAUUACAUUUUAUUUUUUCAAUGCUUUUUUUUUUUGUUUGGAAUAAAAAGAGAACGAAAAAUAUUGGGGACUAAGAGAGAGUUUGUUUAUCUGUCUCGUCUCCAUUGAAAAACAGAGGUGAAAAGUUUCAAAACCAAAAGAAACCUCAAGUCACCUCACUUCCCUGAUUCUUUACUAUUCACAAUGAGUAAUCGCUUUUUUCUUUUCUUGGUAACAAUUACUCUGUUAUGUUAUUCUGC